AUGUCGGCGACGGAACAGCCUGAACAGACAAAGGCACCCGCCAUGGGCGGUGAUGCCAGCUCUACUGGUCCAAAGAAGAGCGUUGAAAUCGUCCAAGACAUUGAUAUGAGCACCAUUCCGGUCCCCGUCGAGCCUGUGCCCUAUGAACAAUCCGAAGAGAGAGCACUGAUUCGAAAGAUUGACUGGCGAAUCAUGCCGUAUCUGUGGGGAUACGCCGUCCUGUCUGCUGUGGAUAAAAUCAUUAUAUCGAAUGCGGCACUGUACGGCAUGAAAGACGAUACCCAUCUGGUCGGGCAGCAAUAUAGUUGGAUCGGUUCCAUCUUCUAUUUCGGCUACCUCGUUGCCGAAUUUCCUCUCGUCAGUUUGAUGGGACGCUUCCCGAUCGCCAAGUUCCUCUCCAUCAUGGCCAUGGGAUGGGCAGUCAUGACCCUCUUGAUGGCUGUUUGCCACAAUGCUCAAGGUCUCAUGGCGCUGCGCUUCUUUAUGGGUAUGAUGGAAGCGCCCGCGCUCCCUGGCUUGACACUCAUGACAACAAUGUGGUACACCAAAAAAGAGCAGCCUCUUCGCGUCGCACUCUGGAGCUCGACUGUGGCUUCGGUCUACGUCGGACUCGUGUCAUACGGCAUUGGCAAUGCGAAACACUUGUCCAUUGCCACCUGGCGACUGCUCUUUAUUGUGUUGGGAGCAAUCUCCAUGUUCUUCGCCGUCAUGAUGUUUUUGUUCUGCCCGGAUCGCCCCGAGGCUGGCCGAUUCCUAUCGGAGCGCGAGGCAAUCGUUGCUGUCGAAAGAAAACGAUCGGAUAAUACUGGUAUCGAGAACAAGAAACUCAAGUUUUACCAGGUUCGCGAAGCUCUGAUGGACUGGAAGUCUUGGGCCAUUGCCUUGUUUUUCCUGUGCAUGAACGUGAGCAACGGCGGUCUCAACACGUUUUCAGCACAAAUCGUCUCCGGUUUUGGUUUCAGCAAGCUCAACACCGUCUUCAUCGGCAUGCCUACCGGUGUCAUACAAGCAGUAUCCAGCAUCCUCGCCACCAUACCGCCGCGCUAUAUCAAGGACACGCGAUGCAUCUCGGCCGCCGUGUGUUGCGUCGUUCCGCUUGUGUGCUCGAUUGUGAUUCGCAAGCUGCCAUCGAGCGACACUACCGGGCUGCUGACGGCAUACUACUUCUUCUACUUUUUCUGGGGCCCUUAUGCCGUCGCACUGUCGCUUCCCAUGGCAAAUACAUCGGGCCACUCCAAGAAGUUAACUGUCAAUGCCAUGAUCUUCCUCUCGUACUGCGUGGCCAAUAUCAUUGCCCCGCAAACGUUCCAGUCCUCGGAGGCACCGUAUUACCAGAGCGGAUACAAUUCCAUUGCCGGAUUCGAGAGCGCGGCUAUAGCCAUCAUGCUCUUAUAUAUCGUCGGCGUCAAGUGGGAGAAUCGCCGGCGCGACAAGCUACAUGGAGAAGUGGUUGAGGGAGACAUUGAUUCCAGGAUCAGCUUUGAUGAUUUGACGGACUGGGAAAAGCCUAACUUUAGAUACGUCUGCUAG